ACGUUCACCACGACGAGCGCCGUGGCUCGACAUCGCGUCGAACGAUGAGUAGGAGGCCCUCUAGGGUCUCUGUAGACACCCGCCAAAAUGAUACCCUCCUUGAAUUCGAGACUUUCAAGAAGAAAUUCCUCCUCGCGAACAAACACAUCACCAAACUGAACUCGACGCUGAGCGUGCGCAUCGAAGAACUCAACGCACAAAUCUCGACGCUGUAUGUCGAGAACCUGCGAUUGCGCGCCUCGGAGAUCGCGCUCGCUGCGCAACUGAAGAAGGAACGGGAGAAGUCACGGAAGAUUCUUGAGGACGCAGAGACUGCGACACAUGCUCUAAUGAAACAACUAGGUUAUAUUCGCAAAUUACACCGCAUAUCUCGCGAAUCGAGCAGUCCAGAACCAGAGCCGGCGCCUCGCGCCCGACGACCCCUCAUCGAUACGAACGCGUCUCCGCCCCCGAACCGGUUAGCCCGAGCGCCGACCGUGCCAGCAUUAUACGAGGAAGACGAGGACGACGAGGACGAUAUCCAAACAAGCCCGACGCCGCGGAGACGCAAGAGCAAGUCACGAACAUCCAAUCCUGGCAUGAGCUCCAGCUCUCGCUUGCCUCUACCCACGCGAACAUCUUCGCCACCACCAGACCGCUCUCCGUUCAUUGACUUCGAUGAACAACUGAACAGAGUUGGGAAGAAGCGACCGACACGAAGACAAAGUGGACUGCUGACCGCGAGCAUGUCAAUUACGACAGCGACUCCAAGUGGGUUCGAGACUGCACAUCUCACUCGGCGACCGCCGAGCCCAGCGUUUGGCUCCCCACUACGCAGAGACGCAGCUAUGGAGGAAGGAAAAGAUCAGGCUUUAGCUGCGAUGGGCGCUGCAAUGCCUGACGACGAUGAGGACGAGACCGAAGAGCCGAUUGCAGCGGGUAUCGCGAAACGGAAGCGGAAGAGUAAAGAUAAUGCGGAAGACAUGCUUGAGCCCCGGAUGCCAGAGCACGAGAGACGGAGGUCGAGGUAUAAGGAAGAGGAGGAUGAAGACGACGAGGACAAAAAGGAGCAGGACAAGCGGAGGUCAAGGGACAAGGUAGAAGGUGCUGCUCCAAGUUCUUACGGGAGUAAGAAGCCCAAACUAAAAGACGUCACCAAUGCUCCUCCUCCUCGAUCAUUGCUGACAACGGUAGAUACACAUGACCGCGAACAAUAUAUGCCUAUUGACGACCCACCACCACCUUCAUCUGCGACGUCUUCCUCAUCCCAUUCUGCGCGCACCUUCCUUGCGACACCUGCCACAAAGCCACAGUCACAGUCACACCUUCCCACGCCGCGUGCAUCGAGUCCUGUCCUAUCGUCUGAGCCCGAGCACUCUACCGGCGGUCGCGAGCGACGCGUCCGUAAGAGCGUUAACUAUGCCGAGCCGAAGCUCAACACGAAAAUGCGCAAGCCAGAUCCGCCUCCACUUCCACCCGGUUCUCUGAGACGCUCGAGCUCGAUGGGCGAGCAUAUACCCCGCCGCUCGCUCGAGAAGAGCGCAUCAGCGGACUCGCUGGUGUCCCGACAUGCCGCUUCGGAGGGCGCAGGGGCGGUGGCAGGCGUGAAGCGCAAGAAGAGCCGCCCUCACGUACCGACGGGCGAAGACGACGAAAGCGAUGGUACCCAGGCGGACGGUGAGUAUGGCGUGCGGGCAUCGAGUGGCACCGCUGCCUGGGUUGCCGAGGGGCGACGGCGGAGUGUCGUGCCGUCGUCUAGCGUGCGUCACGCGGAAGGCGACGAGGGACGGAGACAUAGUAUGGCCGUAUGAGCUGCUUUAUGAGCUGUCGGAGUAGGCGAUGGCGAACUUUAUGAGCUUGGUUUAAGUGGUUAUCGCAUGCCUUUUCCCCGCGCAUACGCGGGAGUCCUUCGUAUUGUAUUAUGUUAAUGUCGUUUACUGCGCCUCCUCCAGUAUGGUUACGAGCUCGUGCCAUGUAUAAUUGGCAAAUAUUUGCACGAUGCAUAUGUUAUGGUUACAAGGGGUGGCGAAGCCGUCGUGCUUGUCUAAGGGGGAUUGUGGGCUACUAGGGGAUGCGUGUAUGCCCCGGUGGGGUUAUAUACUAUCGGGGGGUGAGUCUAUGGCAAAAGCUCCCUUCUCUUUGCCCCUUUCUCUUCGUCUACUUCCGCGUGCAGUUUGGGCACAGCCCUGCGAUCUGAGGUG